AUGGCGCAAUUGCAGCUUCCGCCGUUGGUAGAUGAUGGACAGGUUGUCGACUGUGCAGCAAUGGCGAGUGAGUGCAUAAGGUUGCGUGAGGAGAGCAAUUAUAGAGAGAAUUUGGAUACGAAGAGUAUCCUUGUUUCGUUUUUCCUGCAUGUGUAUCAUGCGAAGAUCAAUAAGCGGAAUUCAGCGAUGAUGUUCAUACAAGAGGCUAUCUCUGGAGCGAGGCUUUUGAAGCUAGAUGAGUGGGAUUGUGGCACGAGGGCCAAUAGUGAUAAGGUAAUUGCGAAUGAGGAGAUUUUGUUCACUCUUCUUUGGGUUUCCGAGAGGGGCUAUGCAAUGCACCUUGGGCUCUUACCAUCGUAUACGAGUCCGAUUCGCUUACCGGAAAGAAUAUAUUUAGCAGGCAAUGAGUAUGCUCAAGGGUUGUUGGAGCUAGCUAAGCUCUUCGCGGCUUUUGAUAGCGUCUCUCUCAAACGGAGUACCAGCGCUUCGAACCCUGAUGCCAUCUCGGCCGAUUGCCUUACAGAGACAGAAGCAGCGUUGUCCAUGCUUUCGCUAGGAGAGGGUGGCAGGGCAACUGCCCGUAUGGCGGACUAUUGCAUUACCAAGGAAUGGAUGAGGACGAUCAUCUGGCAGGAAGCAUUGUCUCGACAGAUGUUAUCCUCCAAAGCCUACGCUGAGCUUCUUACAUUCAAGUUCCCAGCCUUUGUCAGUCGGGACCUCUUGUAUUCAUUACAGGGUUUCUCCGAGUCUGAUUUGUUGCCUCUGGGUCGUGAUCAGUUGUUGAAAUGUUUCGAAGUCACAAACUCACUUGCCGAUAUUGUUCUGUAUACGCCCUCAGUUCCAUCAUAUGAUCUUCGAUUAGGGCCUCAGGACUUUCUGCAUGCUUUGUACCAAAAGCUUCUCCCAUUUUUAGAGCAAGAUGCUAUGCUUAAGUCUAUCUUGCAUGCAAAGACGGCCGAAGCUUUGGUGACCGCACCUGCUCGGUUGUUAAGAUUCUAUAAUGAACAAAAAGCGGAUGACGAGAGCACUAUGAAUGAGUAUAUGGACCUCUCCGUAUAUGAUGUGGAUGAGUUCAAUUCACAGCCCUCAACGAGAGUUCAUGACUAG